AUGGCCAAGCUCACUCUCUUCCUCACCCUCCUCUCUACCAUCCUCACUGUCGCCUCAGCCGCGCCGACCAGCUUCGCCUACCCUCUCUCCAACGGCUUCCCCAAUCCAAACCAAUCACAACUCACAACCAUCGAGCAACAAGCCCAUGGCACCCUACCCAACACCCCGCCUCCCUCCACCCUGGAUCCCGAAUCCGAAACAGCGCUCGGUCUAAUCGCCUUCAACGAGCUCUUCGAAGUCGCCUUCUUCACCCAACUCCUCAACAACAUCACCUCCGCAGCUCCAGGCUACACCGACGUCCCCAACCGCGACCAAGUGCUGAGCACGCUGCACGCCGUCGUAGCGCAAGAGCAGCUGCACGAGCUGAGCGCCAAUGGCGCCUUUACGAACCUCACCGGCAAAACCAUCCAGCCGUGCAACUACACCUUCCCCGUGGAUUCCUUCAACGCCUCCAUUGCCCUAGCCUCAAAGUUCACAGACCUCUUCCUCGGCACGCUAGCAGACGUGCAAACUAUCUUCGCCUCGCACAACGACACCGCUCUCAUCGGCCUGGUAGGCUCAAUCAUAGGCCAAGAAGGCGAGCAAAACGGCUUCUACCGCUCGCUCCUCGGCGAAGUCCCGCCCGCCCUUCCCUUCCUCACAGGCGGCGCCCUCGACUUCGCCUUCAACCUGAUCCUGCAGAACUUCGUCGUGGCCGGUUCAUGCCCUAGUCUCGACCUCCUCGUCUCCCGCGGACUCAAGCAAUUCGGCGUGCUGGAACGACAGGACGGAAGCGGCACCAACAGCAGCAGCCAGGCGUUCAUGACGUACAUCAACCAGCAGAAUGCCCCCUUCUCCGUGCCUAUGACUUUUACCAAGAGCGAUGGCGGCGCGGUCUUCUUUUUCAAUGCUUCGUUUCCCGCUGAGACGCGGAAGUUGAGCGGGUUGGUGGUUGCUGCUGUUACGAAUGGGCAGGGGCCGUUUGCUGGGCCGGAGGAGGUGGCUGCUGCUACGCUCUUUGGGCCGGGGCUGAUUGAGGUUUCGGCGUAG